AGCGGAAAACCUAGCUCUGUUGACUCGGUCGCGCACGGAGGCACUCCACUCACGGCCGCCGCGCCACUCCGGCUCACGAACUCGCCGCCGGCCCCGCCCUCACGCGCGCCGACGCCGCCCGCCCAUUCGGGAAUCUCUCCUUCCGCUCCGGUGGCCGUAUUCCUCUCCGUUACAGACGAGGUGUUUGAAUGGCUUCAAGUGCACCAAAUAUUGUGUUUCGGCGUCUCUUCAAGACACUAACUGUAAGCUCCGCAUUGACAUCCGGUGUGACCAGCCAGCAUCACCAGCUUCAACAGCGUGCAACAGUGAGUGGCACAGCCAAGGGCAAGGCUAAGCUCAAAUCAGGCCAGCCUUUGAAGCGUUCCUCCAUAGCAAAGAAAGGUACACCUUCCACUGGCGGGGGUGGUGGCAGUGGCCGUGGUCGUCGUGAGGCCAUUGAGCGCAUCACUCAGAUUUCAGAGUCUUGUCUCAAUGCCCCUACUCCCCUGCGGCACUUGUCCCCCAAGGAGCGUCUUCGUGAGGCCAAACGUGAGGAGCUUGGACUCAUCUCGAAGGAGAGGCAACGUGAGCUUGAUAUGGCCAAGGCUAAAGCUAAAGUCAAGUCCAAAGGUACUGGUGGAGAUGAUGGGGGUCGUGUGCUGAUGGGUCCACCGGGCCUAGACUAUAUCAGUCUUGGGCUAGUUGAUGAGGAGGCAAUCCCCAAAUAUGAGCUCACAGUUGAGGAUGGUCGGCAACUUGCCAAAGAGUACAGUCGUGUGCUAAUGAGGCGGCACCGUGCACGGCAAACAGCAGAGUCAAUGCUUCUGAGGCUCAAAAAGGAGGCAAUUGCUGCACUCCCUGAGAAGCUGCAAGCUGCUGCUAUGGUACCUGACAUGACACCUUUCCCUGCAAAUCGGUACAUGGCAACACUCACACCACCAAUUGAAGGAUAUAUUGAGAAGGUGCGGGAUGCUGCCAAGAAGUACUCUGUGAAGGAGAAACUUCGCUGAGAAAUUCAAGGGACGAAAGUGUCUCCACAUGAGGUGAAAGAAUAUGCAAGGUAAUAUAGAAGAGCAGCCUUCACAGACUGUAUCUUUGCAUAAGCUACAAUUGUCAAACUUGGUGUUCUAGUCGGGAACCCCGAAUUGAAGAGCAGCCUUGUAUCAGACUCUCUGAUCUGUUUCUUUUGUCAGAUUUUUUAUGCGACGCGAAUGCUUGCGCGUAGUUGUAGCUAGACUGUUAAUUCCCCUUGUGGAUCUAGGAUGCUUGUUGUUGACAGACACUUCUGUAAUAAAGGCAUCAAGAAGUGAGAUGGAAGAAUCUGACUCCUCACAAAUGGUUCCUGGGAUUGUAUGUUCUAGUUUCCACCUAGACCUUGCUUACAAUUUU